AUGUACAAGCCUAAAUUCACUUUCAGACCAAAUGCCAAAGGUAUUAUAUUGCAUAAGCCAGUCAUAAAUAUUUCCACAACAUUUGAUGAGAUCUCUAAGUUACCAAGUUUCAGAUCUAAACUUUUAGCAUUCUACAAGAGGUUUUAUAAACUACGAAAGUUCGAGUGUAAUGAUCAGUUAUACAUUAUUAAAGACAUUCCUUAUUACACACCAGAUAUAAAUGAUCAAGACUAUGUUGCCUUUGUUAAAAGACAAUUCCGAAGUAUUUCAUACAAUACCAAACGGGAGGCUAUUUUGAAUUUACCUGCUUUGUCAGAACAAGAACUUGUGCAACGAAUGAUGAACACUUUGGUGUUUGUGUUUAAUCAUACAGUGACUAGAGAAAAUCUUUUUUUGGAUAAAUCAAUUAGGACUAAAGAUGAAUCUGCCAAGACUGGAAUAGAUAACGAAGAAACCAAGAUUGUUAGUACAAUACUAAAACUUGAUAAUGAAAUGCCUAAUGAUAUCAAAUACGAUUUCAAGUUUAGAUGGUUUAAAGAAUUCACCAAACAGAUGGACAGUAUUGAUCCGAAAGUUGGACCUACAAAAAAUCAAUUAGAAUACUUGACUGAACAUUAUGGGUACAGAAUGUACUAUAUUACGUUGAUGCGAUUGAAUGAAAGUGCAAAGUUGUGCCUAUAG